UCCAGCCCAGAGAAUUAGAAAAUAAUUCAGAUUAAUCAAAUGACUUAAAUGUCCUCAACAGAGUGAUUAUAAUCGGUUGUAAUCGAGGGGCGAACUGAGUAAAAAGGUGUAAAAGUGGACAAAGGGUAAUUCUGUUAUGCGUUUGUUUUAACGGUUUUCAGAAUUCUUUUUUCUUUCUUUCUCUUCACUUCACUGUGGCCCACUUGUUUCCCUCCAAUUCCCUCUUGUAUAAACCACUCUUGUUCUUCCUCCAUUUCUCAAAUUAUCUCCUCUCCCUUUUUUUUCUCUCUCCAAACAAAACAAAAAGAAAUCCCUCUCGCUGCUCUCAGAAGAAAACCAGAGGUGUUCUCCGAAGGUUCAGCCUUUUCAAGCUUCAGAACAUUCAUUCGCAAAUGCAAAACGACAACUGUUCAACUGUCUAUGGCGACCUCGCAGCCAAACAACAGAACGAUGACCAGAGCGAUGGAGUUUACUCUUCCUCCACCACCUCAUCCUCCGCUGCCUCUGCCGCCGCCUCUCUCUUCGCUCUGUACCAUCCCCGCCUUCUCAUGCAACAACAUCAAGACAUGAUCAACCGCCAUAACCUCUGCCUCACACGUCUCCGCGAAGCUGCAAAAGAAGCCGAAGCACUCCGCCAAGAGAAUACCUCUCUGCGGUCAGUCAACCGCGAUCUCAACAAGCAACUCAGCGCACUGAUCCAAGCCUCUGUGCAGAACCACUUCGCAUCGUCCGAUUACAACACGACGCCGUUCGAUUUGGUGAAUGCGUUACGAGGACUUUGUCUCAGUGGUGGAGGCGUAGGGGAGGAAGAGGUAUCUGAUGAGAGUCCAACAAGCGUGAUGGAAGGUGCGGUGGAUGUGGAGAGGGUUAUGUUGCCUAAGAGCAUAUCUGUUAGGUCAAAUGGAUAUCUAAAGAUGAUGAAUCAAGCUGGAGCGAGUCAUCGUGGAAAAACUCGGGGACCAACUCGGCCUGGAAAUGCGUCUCAGCUCAGUGGAGCGGUGAACGUGCAGCAGAAGGUGUACGUGCAAGGAGGGAAGAAGGAGGAAGAGCCACUUGAACUGGAAGUGUACAACCAAGGCAUGUUCAAGACUGAACUCUGCAACAAAUGGCAAGAGACUGGUGCCUGUCCUUAUGGAGAUCACUGCCAGUUUGCUCACGGUAUUGAAGAGCUUCGCCCUGUAAUCCGCCACCCUCGCUAUAAGACUGAGGUUUGCAGGAUGGUCCUUGCUGGUGAUGUUUGCCCCUAUGGCCAUCGAUGCCAUUUUCGGCAUGCACUUACUGAACAGGAGAAGUUCAUGGGCCACCUCAAGCCCAGUACCAGGUAAAACUUGAGCCGGUGGUCAUCAUAUUGGUUGGUUUCUGUAGAGACUAAUGUUCAAAAUUUCUUAAAGAUAAUAUGCUUAAUGUAGGAAGGUUAUAGGUAUGGUGGACGUAUAUAAAAUUGGAAUAAUGAGAAUCAUUAAAAAUAAAAAUAAAAAGUUAGCAAAGAUGGAGAUUGGUAGAAGGUUUGUGGUCCCGGAAGGUGGGAGAUUUGUUGAGGUUAUUAGAGAUUUUCACUCUUGUUUUUUGCUUUGUUUUUUAAUAUUUUUGUUUCUUCAAGUAUGACAUUAAACCAUGAUAAACUUGCUUGGAUGUUUGGUGAGCUCAUACCAAGCAAAAGUCCAACACCAAAAAAAAAAAAGAAUCAGUAAAACAUAAAUUUGUAAUGAUGUUCUUUGCUUCUGGGAAAGUAAGAAACAUGUGUUUGU